UUUCUCUCUCUCUCCUAUUCUUCCUUUCCCAAUCUCUCUCUCUCUCGUCCAUCACUAGGGUUUUUAUUUGUCUUCUCUGCCAUACGACAAUGGCGCACUAUAGCGGUGAUCACCUGUUAACUUGAAGAUUUCGAACAAUUUCAGAUAUCAUCGUUCAAUGACGUCGAAGCAAUUCUCCGUGUCGUCGAAUAUCAGUGGACAUUGGCGCUGCACGAAGAUGGCGACGACUCGCACUCCACCCCCCGCAUAGCUACAGGGAUGUGGCUGGAACCCUCAACCAAGAGGCUGUUGCUGGUCCUCCAUCUGCUACUGUAUCAUUGGAUAGCGCAUCAUGGCUCAGCAGUCAUCUCGGCUUAAUCGACUCCUUACUCUGCUGGACACUGGUUCCACCCAAACUACAAGAUUUACAGCAGCACGGCAGAUAGGGGAUAUUGCCAAAUUACAUCCUCAGGACCUGCACUCCCUGUUGAGUAAAGUUUCUCAGUAUCUCCAUAGUAAAAAUUGGGAUACAAGGGUUGCUGCAGCACAUGCCAUUGGUGCUAUAGCAGGGAAUGUUAAGCAUACAUCCCUGACUGAACUUUAUCAUUGUGUUGAAACAAAGAUGUCAGAGGCUGGGAUUUGUGGUGUUGCAGAAGAUGUGGUGGUAUGGCCUAGCUUUGAUCCUAAAAUUCUAGCAAGCAUUUCGUUUAGAAGUUUUGAUAUUAGCAAAGUUUUGGAGUUUGGUGCUUUAUUGGCAUCUGGGGGACAGGAGUAUGAUAUUGUGACUGACAAUGUAAAGAACCCAAGGGAGAGAUUGGCUAGGCAAAAACAAAAUCUUCAACGCCGACUGGGUUUGGAUAUGUGUGAGCAGUUCAUGGAUGUCAAUGACAUGAUAAGAGAUGAAGACCUUAUUGUGCCCAAAUUUGAGCCCCAUGGGAAUGGGGCAUCGCAUCAACUUUUUACACAACAUUCUAUACAUAAUGUUCGGCAACUAGUGGCAAAUGCGGUACCUGGUUAUAAGACCAGAAGGCCUAGUGCAAGGGAACUGAAUCUUUUAAAAAGAAAAGCAAAAAUAAGUUCGAAAGACCAAGCAAAAGGUUGGGCUAAGGAGGGAGAUAUGGAGGCAACAUAUUCUCAAGAUAUGGUGUCACCCAAAAGCCUUUCUGCUGAUUCAUCAAGCUCUAGUAAGCCAUUUUCAGAUCCUAUUGUGGAUGAAGAUAGCUUUGAGCAUGAUGGAGAUGGAACUUGGCCUUUCCAUAGUUUCGUUGAACAAUUAAUUGUUGACAUGUUUGAUCCUGUUUGGGAGGUUCGGCAUGGUAGUGUUAUGGCUCUAAGAGAAAUUUUAACAUAUCAAGGUGCUUCUGCUGGAGUUUUUAUGCCUGACCUAAAUUCUCCAUUAUUUUCUGAAACCAAAGAUAAAGGUAACGGGACUUCAAUUAAGAGAGAAAGAGAUAUUGAUUUGAAUAUGCACUUGCUUGAAGAUGACACCAAACCGAAUGUGAAGAAGCCAAAGAUUGAAAAUUCAUCAUCUCAAUUGGUGGAUACAGUUAUCUCCAGUGGCAAGGAUGAUAUCUUGGAUACCCAUGCAAAGGUUGAAGAAAGUGAAAGGUGUUUUUCUGCUGCACAGGGCAAUGGUGAGUUUGGUGUCACUUCUGUUCAGAUAGAGCCCCAAUCUUGCGUUGAUGAUCAUAAAGAUCUGGAUGUGCUGGAGGAAAAGGAUUCUUGUGAAAAUAAGCGUUCCAUGGGGAAUAUGGAUUUUUUGAAAAAUCUUCCUGAAAGUUGUGAGCUGAUGAACUUGGUAAAAUUGGCUAGGCGUUCAUGGAUGAAAAAUUGUGAAUUUCUUCAAGAUUGUGCGAUUCGUUUCUUGUGCGUAUUGUCUCUAGACAGUUUUGGAGACUACGUCUCUGAUCAGGUUGUCGCUCCAGUACGAGAAACUUGUGCCCAGGCAUUGGGUGCCGUGCUUAAGUAUAUGAAUCCCACACAAGUUCAUGAAACAUUAAACAUUCUGCUUCAGAUGCAGCAUAGACCAGAAUGGGAAAUUCGACAUGGGAGUCUUUUGGGUAUCAAAUAUUUGGUUGCUGUGCGACAGGAGAUGCUUCAUGAUUUGCUUGGCCAUAUUCUUCCUGCAUGUAAAGCAGGGCUGGAGGACCCUGAUGAUGAUGUGAGAGCUGUUGCUGCAGAUGCCCUGAUACCCAUUGCUGCUGCUGUUGUUUCUCUGAAAGGUCAAACUUUGCACUUUAUUAUUAUGCUACUGUGGGAUAUCUUGCUUGACCUGGAUGAUUUGAGUCCAUCAACUAGCAGUGUAAUGAAUUUGUUGGCAGAAAUAUAUUCUCAGGAAGAGAUGAUUCCUAAGAUGUCUGUAACACCCGAGUCAAAAGAAAAGCAACAGUUUGAUUUAAAUGAAAUGGUUGGUCUGGAUGAUUCUGGGGAAGGAAUGGCUGUUCAGGAAAACCCAUAUAUGCUAUCAUCAUUGGCACCACGGUUGUGGCCAUUUAUGAGGCAUAGUAUCAGUUCAGUCCGUUAUUCAGCUAUUCGCACUUUGGAAAGGCUGCUUGAAGCUGGAUAUAAAAGGAAAAUCUCUGAGCCCUCUUCUUCUUUGUGGCCUUCUUUCAUUUUGGGUGAUACACUUAGGAUAGUUUUUCAAAACUUGCUUCUGGAAUCAAAUGAGGAUAUAUUGCAAUGUUCAGAGAGGGUCUGGAGGCUCCUCCUUCAGUGCUUGGUGGAAGACCUGGAAGCUGCUGCGAAGCUGUAUUUUUCUUCUUGGAUAGAGCUAGCAACUACUCCAUAUGGUUCUCCACUGGAUGCAACAAAAAUGUUCUGGGCUGUAGCCCUUCCUCGUAAAAGUCAUUUUAAAGCCGCAGCCAAGUUGAAAGUGGUGAAAAUUGAGAAUGAUUCUUGCAUUAAUGUUGCCUUGGACUCGGAAAAAGCUACUAUUUCACAGGAUAGUAAUGGAGAUCCAUCCGCCAACCCUACCAAGAUUAUUGUUGGUGCUGAUGUGGAAAUGUCUGUUACAAAUACACGUGUUGUUACAGCAACCGCAUUGGGACUUUUUGUAUCUAAAUUGCAUGAGGGUUGUAUGCAGUAUGUAGUUGAUCCAUUGUGGAGGGCCCUUACCUCUUUAUCUGGAGUUCAGCGGCAGGUGGCCUCCAUGGUUCUUAUUUCUUGGUUCAAGGAGAUCAAAAGCAGAAAUCUCAGUGGAACUACAACUUUUAUCCUUGAGUUUUCCAACAAUUUAAAGAAUUGGUUGUUAGAUUUGUUAGGAUGCACAGAUCCUGCAUUCCCUACUAAAGAUUCCCUUCUUCCUUAUGCUGAACUUUCUAGGACAUAUGCUAAGAUGCGAAAUGAGGCUAGCCAAUUGUUUCGUGUUAUUGAGUUAUCUGGGAUCUCUAAUAAUAAGUUGCCAUCUCCUGAAACUAACCUGGAAAGCUUGAGUGCUGAUGAUGCAAUUAGUUUUGCAUCGAGACUUCCAUUCCUAGGUAAUGAUGCUGCUGCCAAGGAAACUGUAGAAAGAAAUGUUGUUGAUGAAUUAGAGUCAUUGAAACAAAGACUUUUGACAACUGCAGGCUAUUUAAAAUGUGUUCAGAGUAAUUUGCAUAUUACUGUCUCUUCUUUAGUUGCUGGUGCUGUUGUUUGGAUGUCAGAGCUUCCUGCAAAGCUUAAUCCAGUUAUAUUGCCUUUAAUGGCUUCUAUUAAAAAAGAGCAGGAGGAAAUUCUGCAAAAUAAGGCAGCUGAGGCACUUGCGGAACUUAUUUCUCAUUGUAUUGCUCGGAAGCCUAGUCCAAAUGACAAGCUAAUUAAAAACCUUUGUAGUUUGUUGUGCAUGGAUCCUCGUGAGACUCCUCAAGCUGCAGUGUUGAGUUCUGUGGAGAUUAUUGAAGAUCACAAUCUCUUAUCCUUUGGUAGCGGUACUAGUAAGCAGAAGUCAAAGGUUCAUAUGCUACCCUCUGGUGAGGACCGAUCAAGGGUUGAGGGAUUUAUUAGCAGACGUGGUUCUGAACUUGCGUUGAAACAUCUUUGUGAGAAGUUUGGUGCUUCAUUGUUCGAUAUGCUUCCUAAGCUGUGGGAUUGCCUUACUGAAGUCCUCAAACCUGGCAAUAUUAAGGGUCUGACUCUUGAAGAUGAAAAGCAUAUUACUUUAGCUAUUGAAUCCAUUGAGGACCCUCAGAUCUUGAUAAAUAAUAUCCAGGUUGUACGUUCUAUUGCCCCUUUGCUAGAUGAGAAACUGAGACCAAAACUGCUAGCGCUUCUGCCUUGCAUUUUCAAAUGCAUUUGCCAUUCCCAUAUUGCUGUUAGGUUGGCUGCAUCAAGAUGUGUCACAUCAAUGGCAAAAUCAAUGACAAUUAAUGUGAUGGGUGCUUUAAUUGAAAAUGUCAUUCCUAUGUUAGGUGACAUGACAUCUGUUUAUGCCAGACAAGGAGCUGGCAUGCUUGUUAAUCUGCUUGUUCAGGGCUUGGGUGUGGUGCUGGUCCCUUAUGCUCCUUUGCUAGUUGUUCCACUUUUGAGGUGUAUGAGUGAUUGUGACCACUCAGUCAGACAAAGUGUGACUCAUAGUUUUGCUGCCCUUGUGCCUCUUCUUCCAUUGGCACGUGGUCUUUCUCCCCCUAUAGAAUUAAGUGAUGGUUUGUCCAGAAGUAAAGAAGACGCUAAAUUUCUUGAGCAACUUGUUGACAACUCUCAUAUUGAUGAUUACAGGCUCUCUAUUGAAUUAAAAGUUUCUCUAAGGAGGUACCAGCAGGAAGGUAUAAACUGGUUGGCUUUUCUGAAGCGUUUUAACCUUCACGGGAUCCUGUGUGAUGAUAUGGGUCUUGGUAAAACACUUCAAGCAUCAUCAAUUGUGGCCUCUGACGUUGCUGAGCACAGUGCAAUGGAUGACAGUAAACUUCCACCAUCAUUAAUUAUUUGUCCAUCAACACUUGUUGGGCACUGGGUCUAUGAGAUAGAUAAGUUUAUUGGCAUCCCUGUAAUAACUACUCUUCAAUAUGUUGGUUCUGCUCAAGAACGAAUUUCUCUUCGAUGUCAAUUUGAUAAGCAUAAUAUCGUUAUAACAUCAUACGAUAUGGUGCGUAAGGAUGUUGAUUACCUCGGACAGCUUUUCUGGAAUUAUUGUAUUUUAGAUGAAGGUCACAUCAUCAAGAACUCAAAGUCUAAAAUCACAAGUGCUGUGAAACAGUUGAAGGCCCAACAUCGCCUCAUACUGAGUGGAACUCCAAUACAGAAUAAUGUCUUGGAUCUAUGGUCCCUUUUUGACUUUCUAAUGCCAGGAUUUCUUGGAACUGAGAGGCAGUUCCAAGCCACAUAUGGUAAGCCACUAUUGGCAGCUAGGGAUUCUAAAUGUUCAGCCAAGGAUGCUGAAGCAGGAGCACUUGCCAUGGAAGCAUUACACAAGCAGGUGAUGCCUUUUCUCCUCCGCCGAACAAAAGAUGAGGUUCUGUCUGAUCUGCCAGAGAAAAUAAUUCAGGAUAGAUAUUGUGACCUGAGUCUGGUGCAACUAAAACUUUAUGAACAAUUUUCUGGUUCACCUGUUCGACAAGAGAUUUCAGGCAUGGUAAAGCUAAAUGAACUAGAUUCAGGAGAAGGAAGUGCUUCACCCAGAGCAUCCUCUCAUGUUUUUCAGGCACUUCAAUACUUGUUGAAACUUUGUAGUCAUCCUUUGCUUGUGAUUGGUGAAAAAGCUUCAAAUGCAUUCUCAUGCCUGUUGUCGGAACUUUUCCCUGGGAGUUCUGACAUUGUUUCAGAACUUCAUAAGCUCCAUCACUCUCCAAAAUUAGUUGCACUUCAGGAGAUUCUGGAAGAGUGUGGAAUAGGUGUCGAGAACUCAAGUUCUGAAGGCUCUGUUAGUGUAGGCCAGCACAGAGUUUUGAUAUUUGCACAACAUAAGGCUUUUCUUGACAUAAUUGAAAGGGAUCUGUUUCAUACCCAUAUGAAGAGUGUCACUUAUUUGCGACUGGAUGGAUCAGUUGAGCCAGAUAAGCGUUUUGAUAUUGUAAAGUCUUUCAAUUCAGACCCUACUAUAGAUGCACUUUUGCUGACUACACAUGUUGGUGGUCUUGGUCUGAACCUAACAUCAGCUGACACCCUCAUUUUUAUGGAGCAUGAUUGGAAUCCGAUGCGAGAUCAUCAGGCAAUGGACAGAGCACACAGGCUAGGUCAACGCAAAGUAGUGAAUGUACAUCGUCUCAUUAUGCGAGGAACCUUGGAGGAGAAAGUAAUGAGCCUCCAGAGGUUCAAAUUGUCAGUGGCCAAUGCUGUCAUCAAUGCAGAAAAUGCAAGCUUGAAAACAAUGAACACAGACCAGUUGCUUGACUUGUUCACAUCAGCAGAAACCAAAAAGGGAGCUGUAGCUGCUGCUGCGUCAAAGGGUUCUGAUGAUGUGGACUCGAAAUAUGUGGGUACUGGGAAGGGUUUAAAAGCCAUCCUUGGUGGACUGGAGGAGCUUUGGGAUCAAUCGCAGUACACUGAAGAAUAUAAUCUGAACCAGUUCUUAGCCAAGCUAAACGGAUGACCAGCCAUGGAGGGAAAGCCAUUUCAACCAAUAACAGUACGUUGCUACGCAGUGUGUAGAAAAUGUAUAUUUUUUCGAGUCUCAGAGCCUAAGAUUUUGCUAAGCAGUUUAGUUCUAUUUCGGCCAUACCUUUUCUUCCAUAUAAAGUUUUUUUUUUUUUUUUUCUAUUUUUGGAGGUAACAGAAAAGGGAUUACUUUGCGCAGUUGGUUAGAGGACAUGAGAGAGCUGGGGGGGGGGGGGGG